UCUGAUAACGGGCAUUCGUCGAGAGGACGUCUAGUUGCGCGCACAAAUUCUCUUCAAUGAAGUAAAACAGUUUUCCAAAAAAAAAAAGAGUAUGCCAACAGGAAGCAUUGAAUAGUCAGCAAAAAUGCGGUGCGUUAGAAAGAGGCGCGACGCAGGUCUCGCCUCGUAAAGUGGCUCGUAACUCUUAAAAACAGACUCGAUCGAGUGGUUUUGCUCGCCGCACGUGUUCUUGUGUUGUGACCAGCUGCUCGGGAGUAUCCUGGCUUCUAAAUUUUGAGAUUUAUUUGCUGGCGUCGUUUGAAAUGUUGCAGAAAAAACUUUGAAUCUAUGUCAAGAAAAGCAAAGAAAGCAUCUAAAAAUCUUUAUAAAGGACAUACUUUCAAAAGUGCAUAUUUUAAAAACCUGAUAUCGAGGACUAGCCGGUCCUUGAUGAACUCCACAAGUUACAAUCCCUGCGCUCUAACACUUUGUAUUUCGAAAAGCCCUUGUCGCUAUUCAGCCCGUGAUCCAAGAUUAAGACAUUGGUCGCGAGAACUGAUUGUCUCAACGUAGAGCAAUCACCAUUUGGAUUGUGAAUCCAAAUUCUUCUGUGUCAUAAGAUACAGAAAGACUCGAACACGAGUACUUAAAUUCGUACUUAAAAGCGCCUGUCGGCACUAAUGGACACGGAAAGAACCUACGCAAAUGGCAUCCCAGGUAACGAACAAGUUUUCAAGUAUGAACCGAAAGUACCAUCUGAAGAGGAGAAGACUACGUCUCCGUUACUCACCAUAAAUAAUGAUAUCAAAUACAUCGAUUCUGUCAAUGAUGAGAGGCAUGAGCUGCGAGAUGUAGGUAGCUCUAAAAAUGAUCUGAAUAAAAUUAAUUCAGUGAAGACGGAAGAAUCAAAUGACAACCUUUUAACUGUAGCUUUUCACAAGGACGACAGAAGUGAUGAAGAUACAAAAUCAACAAAUGAAAGAGUUAAAUUCUUGGGAUUGGGAGAUGCUGACAGUAUUUGCUCCAGUAAUGCACCGCAAGACCAGGAACCACAAAUACCUGAUGGAGGAUGGGGCUGGGUUGUGGUUGCGGCUUCUUUUCUCAUUGCCACCGUAGCUGAUGGACUCGCUUUUUCAUAUGGAUUGCUGCAAACCAAGUUUGUAGAACAUUUUGAAACGAGUGAAGCGAAGACUUCCCUCAUUGGGAGUUUAUUCAUUUCAGUUCCUUUAAUAGCAGGACCUAUCAUGAGCGCACUAGUAGAUCGAUAUGGAUGCAGAAAUAUGACAAUUCUUGGUGGCUUAUUCUCAACUGUAGGAUUUAUAGCGGCAUCAUAUAGUAAUACUGUAGAAGUCUUGUAUAUAACUUACGGUAUUAUUGCUGGGCUUGGUAUGGGGCUGUUGUACGUAACCGCUGUCGUUUCAAUAGCAUAUUGGUUCGAGAAACGUCGCAAUUUAGCUGUAGGCUUGGGAUCAUGUGGAGUUGGAUUUGGUACAUUUGUAUACUCGCCGUUGACAACAUAUUUACUAAAUGAAUUUGGAUGGAGAGGUACAUUGAUGCUUUUAGCUGGCACAGUACUUAAUGUUUGUGUAUGUGGUGCGGUAAUGAGAGACCCUGAAUGGUUGAUUCUAGAACAGAAAAAAAAUAGGAAAUUAAGUAAAACUAAGAGAGCUUCGAGUUCCACGUCAAUUUCGGCAAGAUCAGGUGGUGGGGAGUCUAUGUAUCCUGAUGCCGAAGAACUUAAGACGAUGGUAAACAGUGGGGCGACUCCUGAACACAUUCUAGCGCAAUUAGUGUCAGCUAUAGCUGAAGCUGAAAAUGUAGAGGCAGUAACCAAAAGAAAUGCUGACAUACAUAAUCAGAAAGUUAGCUCUGUUAUUGAUUUACCAACAUUUUUACAACAAAAUGAAAAGCUUCCACCUGAAGUUUUCAACCAAAUCACUUCUAAUGAACGUCUCUACAACAUCAUUCUACAGAACUAUCCUUCUUUACUUCUUCUAAAAAGCAGUUCAGAAACAAAACUACCAACUGACUCAAAUAAAAAAGCAAAGCUCAAAAAGAAACAAAAGAAAGAUUUUGAUAAGAAGCUAGAAGUGGUCAAAGAGAAACUGUUACAGCCGAUUCCAGAGAAUCGUACUGCUGUUAUUACUCCGAAACAAGCGCGCCAGGACUGGUUUUCCAGGCAGAUUCAAACUGAUCAUCAUUAUCUAAAGGGUAUACGAGUACAUCGAAACUCUAUUAUGCAUCGUGGUGCUAUGAUGAACAUUGCUAAAUACAAAUUACGUGCAUCGUCAUGUCCUGACAUCUAUAAAAACUCCAUGUGGUCUGUGGAAGAUCCGGUAGAAGAGACUUGUUGGAAAAAAUUCAUCCGUAUGAUAAACAAGACAUUUGACUUCAAUAUGUUUACUGAGUUUCACUUCCUCAUGAUGAAUCUAUCCACGUUGGUUUUGUUCAUUUGGUUCAUCGUACCCUAUUUCUAUAUAUCUCCAUUCAUGGUAGAAAAUGGGUACUCUGAAACUCAAGGAUCUCUCAUGUUGGGCAUAUUUGGUGUGGCAACUAUCAUUGGUAUUGUGGGUCUUGGAUGGAUCGGUGAUCUGCCAUGGGUCAAUAUAACUAAAACAUACGCUGCAUGCCUGAUAGCCUGUGGCGGUACAAUCAUCCUCUUCCCCAUUCUGAUUCGCACUGUAGAUGCCAAGGAGACCUACAGUUUUUACAUCUUAGCCAUAAACUCAAUGGUAUUUGGUCUAACAUUCUCCAGUUCAUAUUCUUACACCCCAAGUAUAUUGGUGGAGUUGAUUGCUUUGGAACGAUUUACAAUGGCUUAUGGAUUGGUUUUGCUAAGUCAAGGAGUCGGACAUUUGAUUGGACCGCCUAUAGCUGGAGCUUUAAAAGACAGAACUGGAUAUUGGGACGCGGCGUUCUACGUGGCUGGUAUAUGGGUGAUCGUUUCGGGCUUCCUAGUAGCUGUUAUUCCAUACACAAAGAAUUUCCGCAUAAUCGGAAACGCUCCUUUGGCUAAAGAUGUCGCGGUCGAACCCGAUCCAGGAGUGAGAAUCAUUAUUGCACAUUAAUUAAUUAGAUAAUCUUUGAUUUUGUGACUUAAAUAUUAGUUCUUAGUGUGUGUACGCCUUUAGGAUUGGGUUCAUUUUAAUUUAGUGCCUUUUUACUGUGACAUAAGGAAAGAAAUAGGUUUUAGACAGAUUUUAGAGUGAAUACAAUAUUGUAAAUAACGAACUUCAGGAGCCAGUUUAUUUUGAUAAAACGGCUAUGCAAUUUUUUUUUAAGGUACUUAUUUUUAAUAUUUUAUUUUACUUCAGUGAUAUAAAAUGAGCUGAUUAAUUUUCAAUACAUUUUUAAGAAAUUAUAAUGACAUCAUAGACGAUUGACAUACUUACAUUUAAGAUUAUUAUUAUCUUUUAAAGUUAUAUACCUAUCUAGUUUAAUAACGAGUGAACUGUAGCGAAAUGAAUAUUUUAGGUAUUUUUUUAUUAUUAUAGUUGUAAGUAGCAGGUACUUAUGUUUUCUCUAUAUUUUAAAUUUGUUGUGUCACACGAUAUCUUAAAAUAUUUUUGCACUAAGUAGCUUUAAUUUUCUAGGAGAAAAUAAUAACGAAGGACAUUACAGUAAGACGAAGGUUGCAUGUGGCUAAAGGUUUCAUUGAAUUGUGUAGUAGAAAGUUUUGUAUGUAAUUUCUUGUGAGUUUUUUUAAAUUAAGUUUUGCUGUGAAACUUGACUAGUAAGUGCGGAUGUUUUUUUAAUUAUUUUUUGUAUAGUAGGUAUGCGAAGCGAUAGCGUAGGCAUUUUAAAAAUAUUGGUUUGAAGAAGUUUUGAUAGUAAUUAAUUAUCUAGUAGGUACGUGAUAUGAAACCGGAAGUCAUGAUACCGAUCUACUGUGCCUAAUAAUCCGAAUUGAAGCUGUGCGUAAUCUCUGCCCACCUUUAUAAAAAAUAUUGGAGUAGAUUUUAUAAUAAAAUAAGUUAGUGGUACCUAGUACGUCCUACAUACAAAAACUGUUAUUAAAAAUAUUGUAAAAUAAAUACUGAUAUACAUAUGUAACAUUAUUAUAUUAUUUUAUUAUAUUCAAGUACUAUUUUUACAGAGUGAAUUUUGAAAUUAAUGGAUACUUACUAUUAUACCUAAGUAGGUAUCUAGAUUUUUACAUUAACAUAUUCUUACAGCUAGGUACAAGUUACAACUACUUUAUAUUAGGUAACUAGGUACCUAAAUAAUUACUAUGUAUUUCUAUUUAUAUUUUGUACGAAAUAUAUUUUUCAAAGUAUUGUAGGUAAUUUGUAGUUCGUAAGUUUUCGAAUAUAUACCUAUUAUACUUACCUACUUACUUAUUUAGCAUUUUAAUAUAAAAAAUUAUACAAUAUACAAUAUUUAACCAAGAAUUAUUUCAUUAAAGUUUGGUAUUAAUGCA